UUGGCCGGGGUAGGCCGUCAUUGUAAAUAACAAUUUGUUCUUAACUGCCUUGCCUAGUUAAAUUUAAAAAAAUUUAAUGAACGUUACCAUCGGCCUCUUUUGGAUAUGCACGAUAAGGUUUUCAAGUAAAGUGGUUUCAACAUUUGCAUUACAUUCAUAGCUCGGACAAUGCGUCGUUAUAGUUUGAUUUGGUCUACUUCCCCCUUCAAUUCACGUAGGGAAACUUUAGUACAUCUUCCGGCUGCAAGUGCUCACAUUUUAUGAGUCUAAAGUCUGCUUUAGGUGGAGAACAAAAAUAGCUUCAAGAGUAGUUCGUUCUUGUACAUUAACAGCUGUAUUCACUAUCCAAGUUUGCAUUUAACUUAGGACCAUGAAGCUGAUCAUCCUGAAUGAUUAUGACCAAGUUGGUGAGUGGGCUGCCAAGUACAUCAGGAAUAAAAUCAUUAACUUCAACCCUGGACCAGACAGAUUCUUCAUUUUAGGACUCCCCACGGGAGGUACUCCUCUGGGAUGCUAUAAGAAGCUGAUUGAGUUUUAUAAGAAAGGAGAGAUCUCUUUCAAGUAUGUCAAAACAUUCAACAUGGAUGAGUAUGUGGGUAUUCCUAGGAAUCACCCAGAGAGCUACCAUUCCUUCAUGUGGAAUAAUCUCUUCAAGCACAUUGACAUCAAAUCGGAGAACACCCAUAUUCUGGAUGGCAACGCUGCCAACCUUGUAGAGGAGUGUGAUUCCUUUGAGAAGGAGAUCAAAGCAGCUGGAGGAAUUGACCUCUUUGUUGGAGGUAUUGGACCGGAUGGCCACAUUGCCUUCAACGAGCCAGGCUCCAGUCUAUUGUCCAGGACCAGAGUGAAGACCCUGGCUCAGGACACCAUCCUGGCCAACGCACGCUUCUUUGACGGAGAUCUGUCUAAAGUACCCACCAUGGCUCUGACUGUGGGAGUGGCCACUGUCAUGGAUGCCAGAGAGGUCAUGAUUCUCAUCACGGGAGUACACAAAGCGUUUGCCCUGUACAAGGCCAUAGAGGAAGGGGUGAACCACAUGUGGACGGUGUCAGCCUUUCAGCAGCACCCUCAGACUGUGUUUGUGUGUGACGAGGAUGCUACCCUGGAACUGAGGGUUAAAACUGUCAAGUACUUCCGAGGGAUGAUGCAUGUGCACAACAAGUUGGUGGAUCCACUGCCUCCUAAGUAAGAUGAGGGAGUCACAAAAACAUCUGUAAACCUGCAAUAACCAAGAACUGAUGCCAUACUCCUCUGGAUAUGACAGCCGCCAAGGGUGGAUGAUCAAUUGUGUGUGUUGUACUGUGGUUUAUCUCAAGUUACAUUUUAUGUAACAUAAUAGUAAACCUACUUGUAGUGGGCUACAUCGAGUACAUUGAUUAUAGAACAUAAACCAGUGUGAUGUGACAUCACUGACAAUUCAAGUUUCUUAGCUACAUUGUUAAAUGUUUAAUACAAACUUGACUUUGAAUGUAUUUCAAUGAGAGUUAUUUGAAUAAAAUAACAUUGACAAUGAAUCUA